AUGCAGUACCGGCAGCCCACCUACACAGUGUAUUCAGUGCCGGCAGGCCACGUACACAGUGUAUUCAGUACAGGCAGCCCACCUACACAGUGUAUUCAGUGCCGGCAGGCCACGUACACAGUGUAUUCAGUACAGGCAGCCCACCUACACAGUGUAUGCAGUACAGACAGCCCACCUACACAGUGUAUUCAGUACCGGCAGCCCACCUACACAGUGUAUUCAGUACAGACAGCCCACCUACACAGUGUAUUCAGUACCGGCAGCCCACCUACACAUUGUAUUCAGUACAGACAGCCCACCUACACAGUGUAUAUAGUACAGGAAGCCCACCUACACAGUGUAUUCAGUACCGGCAGCUCACCUACACAGUGUAUGCAGUACAGACAGCCCACCUACACAGUGUAUGCAGUACCGGCAGCCCACCUACACAGUGUAUAUAGUACAGGAAGCCCACCUACACAGUGUAUAUAG